AUGGAUAUCGAGACGGAACCGCUUCGUGUCAAGGCCACGGGCUUUAAGAGGCGCCACUAUGUGAAGCUCUCGGCGCUCCGCCGGUCCCCCGAGCCCAAGCGACCGCCGGGCAGCAUGGCGGCGGAAGCCCCGCUGGUGCCGCGGACGGCCAGCGGAGGCGGUGGCAGCGGAGCAGUGGAUGGGGGGAGCGGAGGCGCGGGGUUGGGGGGAGCCGACAAAGAGGGCGAGCAGGCGUCGCGGAGCGCGUGUCCGUUUGUGGCGCCGACGCUGGCGUUUCUGGUGGCCAGGCGGCGCGCGGUGCUGGUGUGUGCGUCGGCGUUUUGCGCGGCGGUGGCGGCGGGGCUGUUCUGCCUCGUGUACUUCCUCCACCUCGCCUCCUACCAGGUGCCGUCACUGUGCGCACGGGCUCCGUCGGAGGAGGGCUGGGCAACAGGGUUGGGGCAUGAAGGGGUUGGGAGAAAGGGGUUUGGACGAUGCUGGGAUGAAGCAUCGCUGUCAUCGCAGUGUGCGCUGUGGGCGCACGAGCUGGGCAGUGCAUUGCAAGCAUCGCUGGGAGGGGUGCGCGCGCUGGGGGACACGCUCACAGUGCUGCACGCGGCCGUGGACCAGGCGGCGUUCUCGCGCCUGGUGGCCUCCACCGACUACACGCGCCCGCUGCUCGCCUUCCCUCCCCCGCCCCCUCUCGCCACUGCAGCAGACGCGGGGGCGAGUGGGUGGGGGCAGGGGGCGAGCGCCAUGGGGUACGCGCUCUCGCUCAACCACUCCUCGCGCGCCGCCCUCCAGAACAGCUUCCUCAACGCCACCUGUAUCUGUCACCACGCCUCACAUUCUUUCCUCCCUAAGUCACAUUCCCCUCCACCCCUCAGUCUCUCCCCUUUUUGCAUUCUCUCUUCUCUUCACAUUCUCCCCUCCCCUCACAUUCUCUCCCUCCUCGCCUUGUCGCCUCCCCUCAGUAGCUCCGUGCUGCCCAACCAUCCACGUGCACACCACUCCCCACCCUCCGCCCCAUGCCCACCCUCCGUCUCCCCUCUGCACUCUGUUGUUGUCCUCCCUGCAUGCAUGUACGCGUUCAGGAAUGUGAGUGGAGGGUGCGCGCCUCAGCAGCAGCACUACCUGCCGCUGCUCCACUACUCGCCCACCCUCGCCACCAUCCUCUCUCACCUCGCCACCCCCAACAGCAGCACAAGUGGCGUGGGGGCGGCUUAUGUUGGACUGGACAUGCUUUCUGGUGUGUGUGGUGAAGAGGGGGGAAAGGGUGGGUGGGGAAUUCCCCAGCUGGGUCCCGCGGUUGCCCUCUCGGCGCUCUCCGCCCUCUCUGCCAGCCUGCCCUGCACCCUCUCCCCACCCUUUGCCCCUCGCUUCCCCUUCCCUGACAACUCCUCCUCCGCGCCCACCUCUGCCCCCACACCCACCACCAUCACCUCCUCCUCUUCGACCAGCAGCAGCGACCAACCGAGGUCGUUUCCUGCUAAUACAUCUUUGGCAGCAACAGCAGCAGCAGCAGCAGCUCAGUCGCCUGCGGAGCAGCAGCAGAGAGCAGUGGUGGCAUCAGUGCCCGUGUAUGGACGAGCCAUGCCGCCCAACGCCACGUCAGACGAGAUGCAAGCAGCAGUGAUAGGAUUCGCGUUUGCAGUGGCUGACAUGCAGCUCGCCCUCUCACAGCUGUCUCAGCUGCCCAACUUGCACUUCCAUCCCUCACACCAUCAUCCAUGUGCUGCUCCCCUCCUGCUCCUGCUCCUCUGCACCUCCCUCGCCCCCUCUCCCCCUCCUCCCCUGCAGGCGCCGUCCAGCAGCAGCAGCAGCUGUGGGUCAGCGGCGCUGCUGCUGCAGCUGCAGGACACCACGGCCGCCACCACCACGCUCGUCCUCGCACAGUAUCCCCCGCUGCAGCCCCCCGCCAUGCCUGAGGCGCCCUCGUCCUUCCCUGCAGCGCACGCCGUGCCUCUGCCGGCAGUGGGCCGCCAGUACACCCUCGCUUGCAGGUACCAGUCACCGCCGUUCCCGUACAUGGCGGUGGUGUGGCCGUGUGUGGCGGUGGCGGGGGCGGCGCUGGUGGUGGCGGUGGUGUACGUGGUGGCGGGGGAGGUGGUGCGCGUGGAGGGCGACCUGCAGCGCAUGGCGGCGCUCAAGGAGCAGAUGCGCGCCGCCAAGGUGGCUGCUGAGGCCGCCAGCCGCGCCAAGGGCACCUUCCUCGCCACCAUGAGCCACGAGAUCCGCACUCCCAUGAACGGCGUCAUUGGCAUGCUGAACCUGCUGCUGCAGACGCCGCUGGACGCGGUGCAGCUGGACUACGUGGAGACGGCGCGCACCAGCGGCAGGGCGCUCUGCUCCCUCAUCAACGACAUCCUCGACCUCUCCAAGAUCGAGGCGGGGCGGAUGGAGCUGGAGAGCAUGAGGGUGGACGUGAGGGCGGAGAUAGACGACGUGCUCAGCAUGUUUGUGGAGCGCACGCGCAACAAGCCGCAGGUCGAGGUGGCGGCACUCGUGCACGACGCCGUGCCCACGUUUGUGCUGGGCGACGCGCUGCGGCUGCGGCAGGUGCUGAUCAACCUGCUGUCCAACAGCUGCAAGUUCACCGCCCGCGGCCACGUGCUCAUCACCGUGCGCACCGCCGCCCCCCAUGACGACCUCGCCGUCCCCGGCGCCCACUUUGCCGACGCCCGCUCCCUCGCCCGCACCUCCCUUGCCCACUCCGACCGCGCUGCUCCCACCACCAGCGCCGCUGCCUCGGCCACUGCUGCAGUUGCUAACACGCCCGGUGCUGAUGGUGCGGGUGCAGCAGGAGGCGGGUGGAGCUCCACCCCUGCCCCUGCUGGAGGUGCUGCCGCAAGUGCAGUGAUGUCUGCGCCUGCUGCUGCUGCUGGUGGUGGUGCUGGCAAGACCGGCGUGGCGCAUGCAGGUGGUGCAAGGGGAGAAGUGAGCGCGGGUGCUGGGGCAGCGAGUGGUGCAGCGCCUGGAACAACAGAACUGGCAAAUGGCAGGAGUGGGGAGGGCGGAGAGGAAACCUGCAGAUUGCAUGGAGGUGACUCAGAUGCAUGGAAGGGUGAGGUACACGGCGAGAAGGAGGAGUGUACCGGUGAGGCGGGCGCAGGGGAGAUGGUUGAUGGGGGCUCCUCCGGCGCCGUCACGCAGGCUCGAGUCGAGGCGGAGGGUCAGAUGGGCGCAGAGACAGGCAGUGAUGGGCAGGGGCAGGGGCAAACGGGGCAGCUGCAGAACAAAGAGAUGGGGCAGGGGCAGGGGCAGGGGCGGAGGGGUAGGCAGGGGGAGUUUGAGACGCUGAGUGGAGUGGAGGCGGUGGAGAGCUGCAAUAGCUGGGCGCGCAUCCAGGCUCUCAUGGAACGCCCCCCCCAGGCAGGCCCGCCCCCAGGCCACCUGCAGUGCACGCCUGCUGCGCCACACAGCAGUGGUGGGGCUGCGGGCAGGGCGGGGGAGCACGGGGGAGGUGAAGCACAGAGUGGGAUGGUGCGGCUGGUGGUGUCCGUUGAGGACACGGGGCAGGGCAUACCGUGGGCGGCGCAGCCUCGUCUGUUUCGGCCGUACGUGCAGGCGGACAUCAGCACCACGCGCACACACGGCGGCACCGGCAUCGGCCUCUCCAUCUCGCAGCACCUGGUGGCGCUGAUGGGCGGCAAGCUGGCGUUUGUGAGCCGCCCGGGCGUGGGCACGACCUUCUUCUUUGACAUGACGCUGCCCUUUGAGAACCCCCCGGACCCCUCCCAUGACGCCCCCGCCUCUGCUGCUCCUGCUGCCGCCGGCAAGAGGAGAAGUGCCCCCGCACUUGCCUCUCGAGUCUCUGACCUUCAGGGGUGCACAGCGGUGGUGCUGGACGACCGGCCUGUGAGGCGCGCCGUCACAGCCACGUAUCUGCGCCGCCUCAGGCUCAACGUGCUCCUCGCACGCCGCUGGGAGGACCUCCCCCCACUCCCCGCCCUGCCACUACCACCCUCCCCUCCUGCCCCGCCUGCUCCUGCCACUCCCCCCCAAGCUUACCCAUCCUCCCCGGGCCCACUGGCAGUGGUGGGCGUGGUGUCCCCUGCACUGCCAGGUGUGGCAGCAGGCACCGUGGCAGCAGCAUCGCUGGCGGGGCAUGAGAGUGGUGUCACUCCCCUCUCAGAUGCCGGGCCAUCUGUUGCCGUGGGAGUCAUGGCAGGCGCAGCGAGCACAGCAGCAGGCAGUGCGGGUGGCGGCGGGUGGGGGCCCCCAGCGGGCACUCCAUGGGGCGGUGCGUUCCUGCUGGUGGACGCGGAGACGCUCGCCCGCCAUGCCCGCGCCUGGCGCCACUCACUGCCCACGCCACCUGCACGCACGCACGAGGGAGGGCGGGGCGAGGGAGGCGAGCCUGGGGUGGGAAUGGCAGGCUUGGGCACGGGCAGGGAUGGUGAUGGGGCGGGGGGUGAUGUUGCAGGGGCGGAGGCAGAGGCAGAGGCAGGGGCAGGUGUGGGGCGUGAUGGGGCAGGUGGAGGGGAGUGCGCAGUGCCCAUUGUGCGCGCAGGCGGCGAGAGGACAGCCGUCCUCCCCUCCUCGCCGUGGAGGGCAGGGGACGCGUCCCAACAGUUGUGCGCCCCCCGGGCAGCCUCUGACGGGGCUGCCACACCCCCUCUCGGCACACUCGCUUCUGCCACGCCCCCCUCCCCUGCUGGCAGCGUGGAGAGCCCCGACGGCAGCAGUGGCGCUGGCAGUGACGCCAUGGGAGGUGGGGGCGGGGGAGGCAGCGGCGUGCUGACGAGCGCUGCUGCCAUGGCCACUGCUGCUGCCUUCUGGACCAGCCGACAGCAGCAACAGCCGGGAGGAGUGGAGGAACAGCAGCAACAAGAGCAAGGACCGAGCAUGGAGAGCGUGGCCGCCCAGGCCGGCUUCCACGCCACGCUGCUCAAACCCAUCCGCCGCGCCGCCCUCGUGGGCGCGCUGCUGCAGGCCGCCAAGCACAGCAGCGGCGGGGGCAGCAGCAGCAGCACACAGGGUGCAGAGGGCGGGCAGGGCACCUUGGGUAGGCGAGGGGAAGGAGGAUCUGAAGGAAGGAGAGGGACAGAAGUGUCAAGUCCCGAGAAUUUUAGGGGCGUGACGGGUGGGGAGCACGAUUACGUGGUUGUGGUGGAUAACGGGGCAGAGGAUGCCUGUGGGGCAGGUGCAGGCGAAGCAGAGAGAUCGGAUGGAGGAGCAUCUGUGGAGUCAGACAUGGCUCUCUCCCCUGUCACUCUCACGGGAAGGACCGGAAACAAGGAGAUGCGUCUGAAGCAAGUGGAGGCAGGAGAGAGGAGUGGUGGCGAGAGGAGAGUGGCGGUGGAAGGGCGGGGUGGCAGCAGUGCGGCGUUGGCGAGUCCCGGGGCGAGGAGGGUGGCUGAGGGUGCCCCACAGUCGCUGACUCAGAUGCUCACUGCAGUGCUGCAUGGCAAGCACUUUCUGGUGGUGGACGACAACAUGGUGAACCGCAAGGUGAUAGCCAAGAUGCUGGAGCGAUACAAGGUGCACGUGGUGCCCGUCGUGGGGGGCGCCGUGGCCGUGGCCAAGGUGGUGCCUGGCCACGCCUUCCACUGCAUCCUCAUGGACGUCCAGAUGCCGGGUAUGGACGGAUUCGAAGCCACAAGGCAAAUCCGCAGGCAAGAAGCGAAGUACAGGCUCUCACAGACUCCGAUAUUUGCACUUACAGCGGACAUCUUUGCAGGGACUCGGGAGAAGUGCAUCGAGUCCGGCAUGAACGGCUUCUUGUCAAAGCCUAUAGAGGAGGAGCAGCUGUGGAACCUCCGUUUACCCCCCAAUAUAUUCUCCUUUGCCUCACCUGCUUCCCCCCAUCCCCUUCCCUGCUUUCCCCCCAUCCCCAUCCCUGCUUCCCCCCAUCCCCUUCCCUGCUUCUCCCCAUCCCCUUCCCUGCUUCCCCCCAUCCCCAUCCCUGCUUCCCCCCAUCCCCUUCCCUGCUUCUCCCCAUCCCCUUCCCUGCUUCCCCCCAUCCCCUGCUUCUCCCCAUCCCCUUCCCUGCUUCCCCCCAUCCCCUUCCCUGCUUCCCCCCAUCCCGCUCCCUGCUUCUCCCCAUCCCCUUCCCUGCUUCCCCCCAUCCCCUUCCCUGCUUCUCCCCAUCCCCUUCCCUGCUUCCCCCCAUCCCCUUCCCUGCUUCCCCCCAUCCCCUUCCCUGCUUCCUCCCAUCCCGCUCCCUGCUUCCCCCCAUCCCGCUCCCUGCUUCCCCCCAUCCCGCUCCCUGCUUCCCCCCAUCCCGCUCCCUGCUUCCCCCCAUCCCCUUCCCUGCUUCCCCCCAUCCCCUUCCCUUCUCUACAUGGUGCAUAG